AAACAGAAUUACAAGAUAGAGAGAUACAGUGCCGAAAAACGGAGAACGAAGGAACUAGACGAGCUUCACCGCCAUUUCCAAAGCUCUCCGGAUGCUCUCUUUCUGCCUCUCUUUUAAUUUCGUUCAUUAACUAUCCGGACGAACAAAACCUGUGAGUAACCAUGUCUUGGUUGUUUAAGUCUUUUCAAGCAAGCGAUGAUGAUAUAUCCGCAGAGUCGCCGUUGAACAGUUCGUUGUCGUCGUCGGAAUGUGUCCAUUUCACCACUGCCGAUCCUUCUGUUAAGGACGACUUCACCGCGCUUGGUGAGACGCUGAGCCGUCAGCUACGUGGCCUCUCCAACUUUCUCUCUUCACAACCAUCAACAGCGGUGAUUGUUGCUGCUGAUUCUUCCGAAUCGAGUUCAGAUUCUUCGUCGCUUUCUCAAAAGCUUCAAGGAAUUCGCAAUGAUCUCGCAGAGAUAAACGGUGGCUUGAGAAACGGCUUCUCAAUGCUAUCUGUUCGUAGCAACAAGGCUGUUGGAGAGAUUUGUAGGUUUGCUACUAACUUGCUGCAAUUUCAGAGUCGUUCUGAUGAUGAUGAAGAAGAUGAGGAAUUCGAAGACGAGUGUGUUGAUGAUACGCCAGGAAUUACGGAUGAGGUUUUAAAUUUUGUUAACGACAUUUCUUUGCGGCCAGAGUACUGGACCGACUUUCCCUUGGCGCUUGUUGAUACAGAUUUUGAAAUGUCUGACGUUCAAAGAAUACACACUUCAACUGUUGAGCAAUUGAUUCCAAAUAUCUCAGCUCUUAAAAUACAGCUUCAGAGUUCCAUGAGCAAUGAACGUUUCUGGAUGAUUUAUUUUAUAUUGUUGCUUCCAAGAUUCAACAAAGAUGAUUUCGAGCUUUUAGAAACCUCUGAGAUUGUCGAAGCAAGAAACCUACUUCUGGAUAAAUUUCAAAGAAAAGAGAAAUCACAGGUGAACUCUGAGGAUACUUGUGAUAACAACAAUUUAGUUUGUGGCACUCAAAUGGGAAAUAUGCCAUCUGAGGAAAAGGAAAAAUCGACUCAAACCACUGAGGGAGGCGAAGGAUUGGAAAUUAUGGAUGGAGAGGAAGAGAAUACCAAUCACCAGUUGAAAAUGGCAGAUUCAAAAACUUCUGCCGAUGUCAAAGAAAGGAGUGGUCUUGAAGGUACAAUAUCAUUCAGUGAAAUAGAGGAUUAUGGGACCGAUUUGUCUGGAAAGUUCUCUGUAAUAACCCCCCCAAGGACUUCUUCAUCAACCGAGUCCAGUGAUUGGGUUCAUCUGCAUGAAAAUGCAGGCUCGAAGCUGGAUCAGCAGCAGAGAACAUGGAAGCAGGACACAGAGUCAGACGGUGGGGAUUCAAGUGAUUGGUUUAAUGUGGAUGAAUUUGACUAA